UCAUUAGUCUUCUUUAUAGCUGCAUUUCUGAACUAGUGCAGUAAGUUGAAGUGAGACAAUUAUAUAUUUUCUCAUUUAGACUUAUCGCACCAGUUCAGCAGUUAUAAAGAACAAACCACAUAUACCCGCUUUAACCAUCAAUAAUUCACAGCGAUUUUAAUUCUAUUAAUAAUAAUAUCGCGUAGUGUGUUAUAUUUUUAAGCCACACGCUUUUAAAGCAAGCAGCAAUAGCAAAGUGAAAGCAAAGUAAAGAUGCACGCGAUAACUGAAUUGCUUCUGAAACGUACGAUAUCGCUGCCGUCGAAGGUUUGUAGCUGCGUGAGAAGCUACGCAUCGGAAAAUAAUGACUUCGUGAAAGUAGUCGAGGUUGGACCGCGCGACGGUUUGCAAAAUGAAAAACAAAUAUUGCCUACCGAAGUGAAAAUUGAUUUCAUUAACAGACUGUCAAUCACCGGACUGAGGAGUAUCGAGGUAACGAGUUUUGUAUCGCCGAAAUGGAUUCCUCAGAUGGCGGAUAACGUACAAGUUUACCAGAAAAUCGAGAAAAAGAGCGGCGUGUCUUACCCGGUAUUGGUGCCAAACUUGAAAGGUCUGGAGAACGCUGUGCGUACUGGUGUGAAAGAGAUUGCCGUGUUCACUGCUGCAUCGGAGACCUUUUCCAAAACAAACACCAACUGCACCAUCAAAGAGAGCAUGGAGAAUAUAACGAGUAUCAUAGAGGAAGCUAAGAAGCAAAAUAUCAAGGUCAGGGGUUACGUGUCCUGCAUUGUUGGUUGUCCCUACGAAGGCGAUACCAAGCCAAAGAUCACAGCGUAUUUAGCUUCAACACUGUUGGAUCUUGGAUGUUAUGAAGUCUCCUUGGGCGAUACUAUAGGCACAGGGACACCCAGUAAAAUUGAACGUGUUUUAAAUGAGUUACUCUGUAUAUCACCACAUGAUAUGAGUCAUUAUGCAUUACAUUGUCACGACACAUAUGGACAGGCUCUGGUAAACAUAUAUGCAGGUCUUAAAAAGGGCAUAAGGGUCUUUGAUUCUUCAGUCGCUGGGCUUGGCGGAUGUCCAUAUGCCGCAGGUGCAUCGGGAAAUGUCGCCACAGAAGAUCUGCUGUAUCUUCUGAAUGGACAAGGUUUAGAGACUGGUAUAGAUUUCGAUAAAAUAGUAGAGAUUGGUGAUUAUAUCAGCAAGUAUCUUAGUAGAACAAAUAACUCUAAAAGUGGAGCAGCUAUACUUGCCAAACAGAAUCGUCAAAAGUGCUAGUCAUAAUGUGCAAAUCUGAUAUUUUAAAGAAGCAAACUCUCUCUCUCUCUCUCACACACUCAUAUGAAAUUAAUUUUACAUUCCAAAUAGCAUCCGCAAUAUAAAUUGAUAUAAUUCCAUAAAAAAAUGUACAAGAAAGCAGAUCAAUUUUAUAACUCAUUUCGUAAUUAUAAAUAAAUAUUUCUAUUUCUAUAUAUUCUACAGAA